CAAAAGCACGUGCAGUUGUAAACAAAAUAAAAGUGCGGUUUUGCAGGUGCCCGGAGCAGAUUCCCACAACAAUCUGCCAUCCCGUGCGUCGCGUUCCGAAAAUCGUUCGUUCCCUGGUUGCGUCCGCGAGAUUCCCAAAAUGCCCCUCCACCGUCUGUUCGUGGGCAACAUCCCCGGGGGCACCAGCGAGCAGGAGCUGAAGAAUGAGUUCUCCUCGUACGGGCCGGUGCGUGCGAUCGACCUCAAGUCGAAGGCGAACCCGCUGACCGGUUCCGACGACACGUUUGCGUUCGUAAACAUUGACGUCGACGAGCGGACACUGCGCCAGCUGCUGGACGAGUUCCGGCAGGAGCGGUAUAAAGGGGUAUAUUUGAAUGUUUCGAGGGCGAAGGAAUCGUUUUUGGACCGGUUGAAGCGGGAACGGGAGGAGGCGGAAGCGGCCAAGGAGAAAAGUGGCCUAUUGAAUCCUUAUAAGAAGGAGGAGGUGGAGAGUAAGGUGGUGGUGAAGGAGGCACUUCCGGCGCUGCCGACGAUUGCGAAGGAGGUGGAAUCUUCGAGUGAGGAAUCGAGCGAGGAAAGUGAAGAAGAUGAAAAACCGGUGCCGGUCAGGAGCGCUCCGGUUGUUAGACAGAAGCAGCAGGGUGAGGAAGAUCAGCUGGUCCGGAAGUGGAACCAGGAGACGUACAUCGAGCACGGCAAGCUGAAGAUUGCUUUUACUUCCGGGGAGGUGAAGGAAGUCAUCGACAAGAGCAAGAAUCGACGCCAGCCGGAGAAGGAGCUUGCGGAUAAUGCGCGCCUGGCGGAUGAGAAGCGAAAGCAGGGAUUGACCAAGCUGCAGAGCGCUUACGAGCAGCAGAAGUUGGCCAUUCAGGCGGCACUUGCCGGUGGAAAUGGUCCCAAACGGAACAAGAUUGUCUUUGCCGAUGACGAUGAUGAGGAGGGAACUAAGAAAAAAGUGAAGCUGUUCGAUGAUCAGGAUGAUGGGGACGAUUUCAAGGGAAACUUUACUGUCCGGAAGCAGCUGGCUGAGAACUCUGAAAAGGGCCAACGCUUGUACGAGAUGCAGACGCAGUUCCACGGCGAUUCCCGCUUCAAACUGGACGAGCGCUUCCUGGCGGAUGACGACUCGGCCGCUGGCCGACGCAAGCGAAGAGCUCUCGAGAAGGAAAAGGCCACCCUGGAUCCGGCAGCCUCCGGUGCCAAGCCACCGGCCAACGGCGAACGUCGCAAGCAGAUGGAAAUCCUUUCGAAGAUGACCGGACGCGAAAUUCAGGACGGCGCGCGAAACGUACCGGACCAGAAGUCGAUGCAACGGUUCGAUCCGUCCGCCCAAAAGGGGAAAGAAUCGGCCCGGGUUGAGAAGAAGGCGAAGUUGCUCACCGAAGAGGAAAUCAUUGCUGCGAAAAAGGCCGAACGUUCGGAGGAAACUUUUGCGGUUUCGGAGGAAAAGUUCUUCCAGGUUGCGCAGGACCUCACCCAAGUGAUUGGCCAGAACUCGGGCGGGUUCAGCUUGCUGUCCAUGUUUGGAAGUGCUGCCCGACCGGAAGAAGACGAGGAAGAAGAAGUCGAGCAGGAGAAAUCGUUCGGCAAACCCGCGUACAGCGACGCUCGCUUCAAGUACGAAUCCUCCGAUAGUGAAGACGAGGUGGAGGAAGAGCCAAAGCCGGAAAGUCCCGUCCAGGAGGUUCCGCAAGAACCGGAAGUGCCCUCGAAGAAGAAGGACCGCAAACCCGGCUACUACUCGAAGCAGGGCAUUUGGAAGGAGAACUUUUUCUUCCUGCCGGACGACGUCCGGCUCGAGGAGGGGAGGAAAUUUUUCCUGGAAUUUGCCACCGAACCGGCGGCGGCGGCGGACGCCGGCAGGAAGGAGCAAGCGAGGGACAUUCGGAAGAUUUUCAAGAAACGCCGCAUGCGAGAAACUAAGAACGUAAAUCAGCUGCGGGCCAGGCGCGGUCUGAAACUGAUGAAAGGUAAGCGGAAAUAA